CCUUGCAGUAAGACCGUCAAGUCUGCAAACUGUACAUUGUGAAAUCAUGGCAGUCUCAGCGUCCGACAUACGCAGCGCCUUAUCUUUGCCAAGCUCUUCAACACUGGUUCAAUCCGCCACACCAGCUCCUCGAAAAUCUCAAGGGCACGUUACGAAGAAACCAGAGGGCAUUUCUCGAGAGCUCUAUGCACUUAUUGGACCCUCCGCACCUUCACUUGUAGCUCAUUUGGCUAAACCACGUCUGAAGCAGAAGCCAACUUUUGGGUCCGGUGGAAAGGUGAAGUGGGAAUGGAGACCAUUUAGGAAUGCUGGACGCACCGAUUCGUUGCAGCUGGGACAUUGGGUCAAAGCAGUUGAUGAUCCGGAUGCAGAAUACCCCUUUACCAAAUAUAACGUGCAAUCUCAAUCAUAUGCCUACUCACAAGACGAAUACACGCGUUUCCUCGAAGAUAAGGAUUGGACGAAAGACGAGACUGAUCAUCUAUUUAACGUCGUGCGAGAGUACGAUACUCGGUGGUAUGUGGUGCAUGACCGCUAUGAGCCUCCACCAGACAGCCCCACACGCUCGCUUGAAGAUCUCAAGGACAGAUACUACAGCGUUUGCCGAAAACUCAUUCGGAAUAGACCUUGGACAGGCGAUGAGGCGAGUAAAGCUCAGCUUCUCAAUAGUUAUCAGUUUGACAAAGACCGCGAGAGAAUGCGGAAAGACUACAUUGCCAGCCUCGAGGAUCGUACACCUGAGGAAAUCGCUGAGGAAGAAGCCCUGUUCAUCGAACUGAAACGGUUGGAGCAAAACGAACGCAAGUUCAAGAAAGAGCGCGAUGAACUUCUCCGCACGUUGCUUGGCAUUGACUCCGGACUACCUGACAUAGUUGCUGAAGAAGACGGGCUUUCUGCUCUAUCUGCAGAAGGAUUCAAAAAGAGGAAGAAGAAUGCAAAUGAAAUUGAAAUACCUUCCACACCAUCAAACAUCAUUUCUCUAGGCCCUCCACCCCCCAAGAGGGCUCAUUCAGCGAAGUCAGCAGCUUAUGAUGCGCAACAUUGCAUUCUCAGGGUUGAGCCUCCCGCGUCAUCAACAACGAAAAUCACUCAUACGCCUGUGCACCUUCGCUCAUUCAAGCUUCCCGCACCGAAGGCAGCGCUAUUACCCAAGGUCACCCAGGCUCUUACUGAGCUGGGCAUCAACCAUACACGCUUGGUCAUGCCUACCCGUGAAAACUGUGCACGACUAGAGUCGCUGAUCGAAGCGACCACUGCCUUGAUUGACACGAAGAAGGUCGUAGAUCGUGUAGAACAAGAUAUUCGAGUGUUGAGAGUAAGACUCGGGAGGGCAAGUGAAGGCGCAGAGGAAGAUGGCAAGGAAGGAACACCAAUGGAAGUUGACGGAGGCGUGGGUGCGGGAGUAGAUGUUGAUGCUGAUGCCGACGCCGAUGCCGAGGGUGAGGUCGAUGGUAGAGCACAAAGUAUACUGAGCACACGAAGCGGCCGAGGGCGCAAGCAGUCCCGUCGAUCAAUGUCCGUGUCAUCCAUUGGCACUUCAGCAUCCGCGCGAGUUGGUAAGAGACAAAAGCGUGGCUGACAAUGUGCAUGUUAUGUCGAUACAUGAUAAAAACCAAUUCGUGUUUGCUUGUAGAGGCUAUACAAGAAUAAAUUUGAUAUAAAUCCUGAAUCUCAUUCAAUAGAUCGAGCACCAUCAGAAGCACCAUAUUUUUACGUCUCUGUGAACCGCAACACGAAAUUGACGAUGAUAGCAACUGUGGGGAAACCUGGUCAAUCAAAACUCGUGGAAUUAAAACUAGACUGACUGAGGAGUGCGGAGCAUAGA